UUUGUCUUUUCUUUUUAGAAUAUUGACAAUUUUCUUCACAUCCAAUGAAGUUUUUUUUAUCACUUUUUUGAUUAAAUCCAGAUAAAAUAAUUCAUAAAAAACUGUUGAAAAAGUUAAAAAAAAUAUCAACCUAAAAAUGGAAACAUCAAUUGUCGAUGAUGUUCCGAUGGAAAACGGUAAUGAACCAAUUCCAAAAGAACACGAUGCAGAGAACCAAGAACCACCACCAUUCGAAGAAGAAAAAAAUUCUUCACCAAGUGCAGAUGAAAUCGAUGGAAAUGCUGCUGAACUUCCCCCAAGUAAUGAUGCCUCUCCCACAGAGAAUAAUGAAGAAAGUGCUGCUGCACCUCAACAAUCGCCACCACCGGUUUCAAAGUUUUGGAACAAACCAUUCAAUGGUGGCCCUCCACCAACCAGAGGACGUGGUGGGGCUAAUAAUUUCUUUCGUGGUCGGGGUGGUGGUCGUUUCGGAGGACCUAAUCAAGAUCAUAAUUGGCAGGGAAAUAAUGAUCCAAAUAACUCUUACAAUAACACCUUUAAUGGCCCUCCAAUAGAGCUUUGGGUUGAAACAAAAUCCGAGGAUUCAAAACCUUACUAUUAUCAUGCAAUCACCAGGGAAACAACUUGGACCAAACCAGAAGGACCAAACAUCAAAGUGAUGACCCAAUCAGAAAUUGAGGAAAUGAAUACAAAGAAUCAACAAAUGCAACAACAACAGCAACAAAAUAAUACAGAAAACAAUGGUAAUCAGGAAAAAAAUCGAGAUGAGAAUGCUAAACCAGCUGAGAAUGCAGUUUCAGAACCACAGAGGCCUGACAUGCAGGUACUCCCUCCAUUGCAACAACAGCAGCAACAACCGCCUCCGCAACAUCAGCAACAACUGCCGCCACAGCAGCAACAUCCACCGCAGCAACCGCACCAUCAUCAGCCACCUCCUCAGAUGAUUCCUCCACAACAACAUUCCCAGCCACCUCCACAGCAUCAGCAGCCUCCUCCAUACUACCAGGGAAUGCACCCGCCAAACUUCAAUCCACCGCCAUUUGGUAUGCCACCCCCGGGCUACGGUCACGGUGGGUAUCAACCUCCAUGGGGAAUGCCAUGGAAUAUGCAACAACAUCAUGCCAUUCCGCAGCAAGAAAAACCCGCUAAAAAUCUGAUUAUAAAACCCGGAGUAAUAGAUCCGGCUGUGAUUGCUAGAGCCGCAGAGUGGUCCGAGCAUCGUGCUCCAGAUGGAAGACCCUAUUACUACCAUGCCGGUCGAGGUGAAAGUGUGUGGGAAAAACCACAGGCUAUUCGAGAUAUGGAGGCAGCACGAAUGGCAGCUCACUCAGGUGCUACUCCGCAGACUGUUAUUCCACCACCAAUGAAUCAAGUUCAUCACAUUCUACCAAACCCACACAUGCAUAUGAGUGGACAGACACCAGCACCUUUUGAUCCUUCUGUAGCUUAUAGUAAUGCAGCGAAAGCAGUCGCUGCUGAUCAAACUAUCAAGAUGGCCGAACUAAAGGAGUCCAAAGAAAAGGCAGCAGCAAUUGCUGCUGAAAUAGAAAAGAAGAAGAAAGAGGAAGAAAAGAAAACUGCUGCUGCCAACAAACCUAUAGACAAGAGCCGGCCAAUAUCGAGUACCCCAAUUGCUGGUACACCUUGGUGUGUUGUAUGGACUGGCGAUGGACGUGUGUUCUUUUACAAUCCAUCGACACGUACAUCUGUAUGGGAGCGCCCUGAAGAUCUACUUCAGCGCGAGGAUGUCGACAAGGCAGUUUCAAAUCCACCAGAACAACUCAAAGGUAUAGUUAAGCGAGAAUCACCGCCACCCGAAACAAAGGUACCAGUCAAACCAACACCAGUUUUGGAUAUAAGUAGCAAAAGUGGUGAUACCAUUAAGAUCCGAACUGAGUCAGAGUCGAGUGUUGAAGAAGUUCCAAUUAAAAAACCCAAAGUUUCAACAGAAGUGAAAGCUGUAAAGAAAUCACCAAAUGAAGCAGCCAAUGAUGCGGCAAUGGAAGCGGAAGUUCGAGCGGCAAAAGAACGUGCCUUGGUACCACUCGAAACACGUGUCAAACAAUUCAAAGAAAUGCUUCGCGAAAAAGAUGUGUCAGCAUUUAGCACAUGGGAGAAAGAACUUCAUAAGAUUGUUUUUGAUCCUCGUUAUUUGCUUUUAACAUCUAAAGAGCGUAAACAAGUGUUUGAAAAAUAUGUUAAGGACCGUGCUGAAGAGGAGCGUAAGGAAAAACGUAACAAAAUGCGUCAGAAAAGAGAUGAAUUCCGAAAACUUAUGGAAGAUGCUCAUCUUAAUGGAAAAUCAUCAUUUAGUGAAUUUAGUCAACGUUAUGGACGCGAAGAUCGCUACAAAGCCAUCGAAAAAGUACGUGAACGUGAAAGUUUAUUCAACGAGUACAUUGUCGAUGUUCGUCGCCAGGAAAAAGAGGAUAAAAUUCAGAAAAAGGAACAGAUUAGGAAAGAUUUCAUUGAAUUACUACGUGAUCGUUCGGAUAUAGAUCGUCAUUCAAGAUGGCAGGAUGUGAAGAAGAAGUUGGAAACUGAAUCUCGAUUUCGUGCUGUGGAGAGUUCAAUGCUGCGAGAGGACUACUUUCUGGACUACAUGCGAAUGCUGAAGGACGAGAAGAAACGAAAGGAAAAAGAACGCGAGAAGGAACGUGAUCGUGAUCGCAAAGAGAGGAAAUCCGACAAGAAAGACCGUGAUCGCACAAGGGAUCGCAGUAGAGAAAAGAGUACGCAUGAGAAGAGUAGUGACAAAAAGAAAGAUGUUGAAAAGGAUGAUGAUAAUAAAACAAGUGACGAUGAAGCCGAUCGGCUGCAGAAAGAACGUGAUCGCCAACAAAGAGCCGAACAGAGUAUUCGUGAAAGAGAGAAGGAGGUGCAACGAACCUUGGCUGGACACCUCAGGGACAGAGACAAGGAGCGUGAGCAUCAUUUGCGUGAUGAAGCGAUUCGCCAUUUCAGCGCUUUGUUGGUCGAUCUUGUUCGUAAUCCUGAUCUCACCUGGAAAGAGGUUAAAAAACAACUUCGCAAAGAUCAUCGUUGGGAUGCAGUUGAAAGUUUAGAGCGUGAAGAAAGAGAGAAAAUUUUUAAUGAUCAUAUUGAUGCUCUCAUGAAGAAAAAACGUGAGAAAUUCCGUGAAAUGUUGGACGAAAUUUCCACAUUGACUUUAACUAGUCCAUGGAAGGAAAUUAAAAAGCAAGUCAAGGAAGAUCCACGCUACCUUAAGUAUAACAAUUCGGAAAAAUGUGAACGUGAAUUCCGGGAUUAUCUUAAAGAUAAGACAGUCAGUGCAAAGAGUUCUUUACGUGAACUUUUACAAGAGUGUAAACUUAUAUCUUACAAGACCAUAGAAACUGUUAAUGAGAAUCCAAAUCAUUUGAAGGAAAUUGAAGAAAUUUUAAAGAAUGACAAAAGGUAUUUGGUGUUGGAACAUUUGCCACAAGAUCGAACACAAAUUAUUAUGACAUAUCUCGAAGAUUUGCACAAAAGAGGACCUCCUCCGCCACCAACAGCCUGCGAGUCAACGAGAAGAAAUAAAUAAUGAAUUAGCAUGUCAUCGUGUAUACAUUAAACUAACAAAUAGAUUUAGUUCAUUCAUUACAAUACUUUUCCUUAUAUUAUAAUAUUUCAAGUUGCACGUAUGUUUUUUAUGCGAGCUAAGUGUUAAAAUUUCUUUUAAUAAAGUAAAUUAU